AUGGCCAAUCCCGAUAGAGUCGCCGACCCGGCGAAAGAAGACUUGAAAGGACAACCAAAUGAGCUGGUGGCCGCCUACACAGAAUCUCACGACAUGGAGGAGAGUGCUGAAAUGGGUCGUAAAACCAGUGUGCUGAAUGUCAUUGUAUCGGGCAUGGCUCUUUUCAGCGAUGGAUACAAUGCGCAGAUCAUUGGCUAUAUGGAACCCUUCUUCUCGGUCCUAUACGGAGAUGCCAUGUCCUCCACGAUUAAGUCCCGUCUCUCUAAUUCGUAUCUUAUUGGUGAAAUAUUUGGCAUGCUCUUUUUUGGCGUGCUCAUCGAUCGCCUGGGUCGUCGAACUGGUAUUGUAGCUGCCACGGCCUUUUUAGUGCUAGGCGUGGUACUUGCGACAGCUGCACAUGGAACGUCGGACCUAGGCAUGUUCUGGAUGAUGAUUGUCGCUCGAGGUAUCGCUGGUUUUGGUGCCGGCGGUGAAUAUCCUGUCUGCGCAACUAGUGCUACCGAGGCCAGCGACGAGACUUCCAAACUCAGGAAGAAGCGUGGAUUUCUCGUAGCAGUGACAACUGACUUUGCAGUGGAUCUAGGCUUUGUGAUGGCAGGAAUUAUCGCCUUGAUCGUUCUUGCAUGCUAUCAUCAGCGCAACUCUGAAGGUGUAUGGCGAGUUUCAUUUGGCCUUGGAUUUGUGCUCCCCGUUGUCAUCUGCUUUUUCCGGCUUCGCAUGAUCGAUUCAACACAAUAUCGCAAACACAACAUCAAGUCCCAAUAUCCAUACUGGCUCAUCUUGAAACGCUAUUGGAAACCAAUGCUAGGAACUUGCCUUGCGUGGUUCUGCUACGAUUUUGUGACCUACCCAUUCGGCAUCUUCUCUUCUACCAUCAUCGGACAGUUGAAUCCCAACAACACCACUGUGCAGAAUAUCGGAUAUGGAACUGUCAUUAACUGUUUCUACCUGCCCGGAUGUCUCAUCGGCGGCCUCCUCAUGGACCGCAUCGGCCGCAAACAAACCAUGACCCUGGGUUUCGGGCUAUGGGCCAUUUGGGGUUUCAUUCUCGGUGGGGCACUCAAACCCAUUCAAACUGUCUUCCCUCUCUUCGUCGUGAUGUACGGUAUCUUCAACGCGCUCGGCGAAAUGGGUCCCGGCGUGGCAACCUUCCUCUGCGCAGCAGAAUCCUUCCCAACCCCCCUUCGCGGCCACUUCCUUGGCUGGGCAGCCGCUGUUGGCAAAGCCGGUGCGUCAAUUGGCACACAAGUCUUUACGCCGAUUCAGGAUUCCUUCGACUCCACUGAGAAGGGCCAACAGGCUGUGUUCUUAAUUGGUUCUGCCUUUACCGUUGUCGGUGGUCUGAUCUCUUGGUUUUUGAUCCCGGAUAUGUCACGGGAGUUGGAGACUGAGGAUGUUAAGUUCAGAGCUUAUUUGGAGGAGAAUGGGUAUACGUAUCAGGACGGCGUGUUGGUGUCGAUUGAGCAGAAUUCGGGCUAUAAUGCGGCUAAAUGA